AUGCCCGCACGUUCAGAGUGUGAGUUCGCGCUGCUCGAGGACCCAGACCUCGCCGAGUUCACCGCCGGCGACGCCCCCGCCUCUCGCGUCACUACCCCCGCCCCGGAGGGGCCCGAGGACACAGAAACAGCGGACCAGCUUUUGCCGGAACCCACGACGCGGCCCUUCUCGCCCGUGUCGCCCGCCGGCCCCCCCGAGUCCCCGAUGGACCUACUACAAUCAGACACGAUUGUAGUAGCCCAUAUGAUGGGGACUGAACUGGCGUCGGCGGGCCUGAAGGCGUGGAUGGCCGCCUACAUCCGCAUCUCCUCACACUUGUUGGGGAUGCACACCGAGCUGCAACCAGAAGAUCUACCAUUUCUGGAAUUCUUGAGGGCCAACCCGGCCGUCCUGAGGCCGCCCAAGAGACCCGUGGAGAGCCCCGAGCAGGGGCAGCACGAAAAAAGACACUGUAACAAGCCUACGCCACCAAGAGACCCAAGACUGCGCCGCCGGUCCAGGUCGGCAGGAGGCGACGCACCACCAGCCGCACGUGAACACCAUCAGCCCCCACAAACGAUAGCCCCCUGGAAGGCCCCAUCUCCCACAUCAAUCCUGGUGAGGUGCGGCCUGAAAGGGGUUGUCCAGAGGAAUCUAAAUGUAUUCCCGCUACAAACAGAGGAACCCCCAGCCCCCGCAUCAGCGGAGGCCCGCCAAGAUGAAGCCCUCGCCAGAGAGCCCCAGCAGCCCCAACCUAGCCCCCCCGCAGAGGGGCUUCAGCAGAAACAACCGUCGGGCCCCCCAACCAAGGAGCCCGAGCAACCACAACAAGCCCCCCCACCAGGGGAGCCCAAGCCCCAACGAGCCACCACCAGAAGACACCACCAAACUCCGGGCCCCAAGACACAGGAGCCCCAACCUGAAUCUCAGCCACAACUAUGCCCCCCACCGGAAGGGCCAGCCACCAAGCUGUGCCCCCCCGCAAUGGACCCACCAUCACAGAAGCCCAUCUCUGCGGAGCUGCAACCACCAGCAGCCGGACCCAGCCAAGAGCCCCACACCAACCUGGGGCCCCCGCCACAAGCAGACCCGCAGACCUCAUAUGCUUCCAAAGCCGCCGCGGCAGAUACAGCCGAGGUGGCCAAGAAGCAGAAGAAGGCGCAGCAGCAACCCCAACCACCACAACAGCCGCGCAAGGAAAAGUACCCGCACAUCGAGGCGGCAGUGUUGCCACAGUGGUACAAAGUCUGUGGAGAAAUCGCCAAAGAAUUGGGAAGAGCACCGAACUCCAAAAAUAUGGGGAGAGGAGUCCGCUUCGAACCCCAAUCAGCGGACGAGCGAACCACUGGAGUGGAACGUAUACCAGCUGGAUAA